AUGCCAUCGUCCACCGUGGGUGUUGAGGGCAGGACGGCGACCAUUGAGUGCACAGUCGAGGGAAAGCCAAUGCCGGAAGUGACUUGGGAGUUCAAGAACCAGCCUGUUGGUGCUAUACUUGGAACCCGGGCCCGAAUCGAUCCUCCAACGCGACUGACAAUUCAUGACUUGAAGCCUGCGGAUACGGGCAGUUACUUCUGCGUGGCCCGAGCGCCUGGUCAAGAGCUCGUGAUGGACUCUACCUUCUUGACAGUGUUCACCAUUCCAAAGUUCGUGCAUACGCCUAACAAGACGGUGGAAGCUUACGAAGACCGGUGGAUCCAGUUCCGCUGCGCUGCGGAGGGUCAUCCCAAACCGGAUGUCAAAUGGAUGCAUCAGGGCUCACCCGUUCCAAGUAAGUGUUCACACCCUCUGGCAGUUGGGCACGUCAAUGAGUAG